AUGGCAGACAAUGAAGACGUGUUUGAGAACCCUGAGAAGCACGAGCAACUCAUCUGGGAGAUGAAGCUGGAGGCUGCUCUGAUCACAAACAACAGCCCGUAUGCCGAAGUCCGAGCUGUUGUCGACAACAAGGAUGACCCAAAUCUCCCAUGCGGAACUAUCAGAGCGUGGACGAUCGGUGUCUUCUUUUCGGUCUUCCUAGCCUUCAUCAAUCAACCACUCAUCAGUAUCGAGUCCAACGUUGCUCAGCUGCUGGCUUUCCCCAUCGGUAAGGCCUGGGAGAAGGUGAUGCCGAAUGUGGUCUUCACCGUCUUUGGUUACAAGCUACCGCUCAACCCCGGACGUUUCAACAAGAAGGAGCACAUGCUCAUCGCCAUCAUGGCCAACACGGCCAAGAGUUUGCCGUACACUCAAUACAUCGUUUGGACACAGGUGCUUCCCCAGUACUUCAACCAGCCGUAUGCAAAGAGCUUCGCCUACCAAAUCCUUAUCGCCCUGUCCACCAACUUCAUCGGAUACGGUCUAGCUGGCUUGACCCGAAGGUUCAUCGUGUAUCCCUCCUACUGUGUCUGGCCGGCGUCGCUCGUUACCAUCGCUCUCAACUCGGCCCUUCACAACGAGAGCAACAUUGCAGUGCCUGGCCCCUUCAAGAAGCUUUACGCAAUGACUCGCUACAAAUUCUUCCUGUGGUCUUUCGGUGCCAUGUUCAUCUACUUCUGGUUCCCGAACUACAUCUUCGAAGUUCUCACCUUUUUCAGUUGGAUGACCUGGAUUUCCCCCAACAAUCAUAACCUGGAGAUUCUGACAGGAUUCCGUAACGGCCUGGGCAUGUUCAACUUCUGGCCCACUUUCGACUGGAAUGUCAUGUUGUUUGACAGCGUUGACCCCUUGAUGGUUCCGGCUUUCUCCACCUUCAACCGAACUCUCGGCAUGUGGCUGCUCGGAUUCAUCAUCAUGGGCAUCUACUACACGAAUGCCUGGAACACUGCCUACCUCCCAAUCAACUCUAACCGUGUUUAUGACCACUUUGGCAAGCUCUACAACGUCUCGCGUGCCCUCGACGACCGCGGCAUGUACGACCACGAGAAGUACAUGGACUACUCGGCUGCCUACCUUGGUGCUGCCAACACUUUAGUAUACGGUUCCUUCUUCGCCAUGUACGCGGCUGCUGUCACCCACGUUGCCAUCUUUCACCGCUACGAAAUCAUGAUGGGUUUCAAGAACAUGUGGGCCAGCAUCCGCCGCAAGAAGACCGCCCCGGAGGAGGGAGACGAUGGCGAGUACAAGGACGUCCACAACCGUCUCAUGGCUGCCUACCCUGAAGUCUCUGAAUGGUGGUACCUUGGCACUCUCAUUGUUGCUGCCGGUUUCGGUUUCGCCGGUGUCGCCGCCUGGCCCACUUACACCACCCCUGGUGUCGUCCCGUACGGUGUCUUCUUGGCCGUCAUCUUUGUCAUUCCCAUCGGAAUUAUCAAGGCUAUGACUGGUGUCGAGGUUACGCUUAACGUUUUGGCCGAGUUCAUUGGUGGUAUGUGGGUGCAGGGUAACGCAUUGGCCAUGAACUUCUUCAAGUCCUUCGGCUAUGUUACUUGUGCCCACGCCGUUCACUUCGCAAAUGAUCUGAAGGUUGCCCACUACUUGAAGAUUCCUCCCCGUCAGACCUUCGCUUGUCAAAUGCUUGCCACCCUCAUCUCAACCUUCGUCUGCACUGGUGUCAUGAACUUUCAGAUCAACAUACCCGACGUUUGCACCACUAACGCACCCAUGCGUUUCUUCUGCCCUGGACCCAACACCUUCUUCACCGCCGCCGUCCUCUGGGGUACCAUCGGUCCCAUCAAGGUCUUCGGCCACCAGGGCCAGUACAACUACCUCCUGCUUGGCUUCCCCAUUGGCAUCAUUCUGCCUGUCGCCUUCUACUACCUCAUCAAACAGUUCCCCAAGAACCGAUACCUCCGCCAGUUCCACCCCGUCGCCCUGUUCUACGGAGGUGUCAACUGGGCUCCCUACAGCUUCUCGUACGCCUGGCCCGCCGUCCCCAUUGCCUGGCUAUCCUGGAUCUACGUGCGCAACCGCUACUUGGCCUUCUGGUCCAAGUACAACUUUGUACUUUCCGCCUCCUUCUCCGCCGGUAUUGCCAUUGCUGGUAUUCUGAUGCUUUUCACCGUACAAUGGCUCGGUGCCGAGGUCAAUUGGUGGGGCACUAGUCAGAUCUCCGCUGGCUGCGAGGGCAAAGCUUGUACUCUGAAGUCUCUGGCCGACGGCGAGCGGUUCUACCCCUGGUGGAACCCGUCUCAGGUCCCAGCCCCCUAA